CCCUAAUCUGAUCCGCAGUGACCCACCCCUGCCCUCAAGCCUCAACGUCUCUCCUUUGGGGUCUCUUUCUCGCCAUUCUCUCCCUCAAGCUCUCUCACCUCUCUACGCCACUCUCGUCUCCGGUGUGUCACUUCUCUCUCGGUCUGGCACUCACCGUUUUGGAAUCAAGCUCGUCAGCGCUCUGUCCUCACCGUCUCAAGCUGAGUCACCGCCUUCCUGGGCUCGCUUCGCGGGCGGGAGAACCAGACGGAACCACACGGAACCCAGUCGCGCGCCUUCGCCUACGCUCGCCGUCACCAGAAGCAGAGGCAGCAGGUCCCGGUGGGCUGGUCUUCGUUCGUCUUCUUGCUUGGAGCCUCGCCGUCAGCUUCCUUGGCGCAACCCGAUUUGAUCAGGGCAGUCUAUUUGGUAGGGCUACGACUUACAUUUCGAAGAGUUGGUUUCAUGUCUGAAUACGACGCACAGCUUCCUACUACCGUUGUUGCUGAUAUUCUAUUGUGGAAGCGAUGGCAACUUUCCGUGGGUGUCAUUGUUGUUGCAACAAUUGCCUGGUUCCUGGUUGAUUGGACCAGUUUACCCUUUUUAACCAUUUGUUCAGAUGUCUUGCUGAUUUUGAUUGUACUCUUGUUUCUGCGUGCUAACUAUGCGGCCCUUAGAAAUAAACAACCACCAACAUUACCAGAGCUAGUAGUGUCAGAGGAGAUGGUCAAUAAUGUAGCAGCUUCAUUCCGGGUCAAGAUCAACAAUUUGCUCCUUAUAGCACAUGAUAUCACUAUUGGAAAGGAUUUCAGAAUUUUUUUUAAGGUGGUGGGUUCUUUGUGGCUUUUGUCUGUCAUUGGAAGCAUAUUCUCUUUCUUCACACUGGCAUAUGUUGGAACCCUCUUGAUGUUUACUGUCCCGGUGUUGUAUAGCAAGUACGGAAAUUAUGUAGAUAAAUGUUGUGGAAUGAUAAAUCACCAGUUUUCAAAACAUUACAGAAUUGUAGAUGAGAAUGUUUUCAAUAGAUUGCCCCAUAACAUACCCAAGGACAAAGAGUCUUGAUUUCCAGGAUCCUUCAAUUUACGCUCUUUUGGAAUCUUGCCACAACGUUGCCUUGUAAGUAUGAAACAUCUUUAUAAUGUAGAUGUUGUUCUUGAAUCAAUUGAGUGGCAUCUGUUUCAGGCUUCUAAAUUGAGAAUUUGUUUACGAGCUUGUGUGAGACAUAGUUUGAGGGAUUUGUGAGCUGGAUAUUUAUCAUCAGCUGUUGAAAAAAGAUAAAAUAAAAUUACCCAAGUUGUACUGAUGACAAAAAAAGGGAAAGAAAGAGGCAGCAAUUGGCAAAGCUGAAUAUAUUCUAAAUUAUAAUUAGCCUUUUUCUUUCUUCUUUCUUUCUUUCAAUUAAUACUAGAAUGUGAUAGUUUUAUGGUGGUUGUGUCUCAUUGUUUUCUUCACAUGACGUGCUCUCUGUUGAACUGGAUUUUAGUUUCAGAGAUACAGAAAGAAAAGAAUAAAGAAACAGGUAUAUAGGUCAUUGGUAUAUAAUUAGUAAUCAGAUUACUGAAAUCUAAUUAAGGGAGAAAGGGAUCUUUCAGGGAGAACUCUCUCUAACCUAAUACUCAGACUCUUUAUUCUUGACCUUAUAUUAUAAAGAACUAAAAAUACUUGUGAUUUGGGUUCC